AUGGACGACGAUGACAUUGCUCUUGCCGAUUCUUUCAUCAAUUUUGAAGCUGCCGCCUGUAGCCCCACCUCUGAUAACCCUCCUGAUCCAAUUAUCACUGAAUUUGAUUCUUCCGAUCUGGAUCCUCCAGUUGGUAGUUCCUGUUUUGAGGAAAGGAUUGAGAAUUCCGGUUUAGUUGAAAAGGAGGUGAAUGAAAAUGAAAGUGGCGGAGCUGGAGGCGAGAUUGCAGCUAUUGAUGAUGAUGCUGUUGGAGUGGAGAGUGAAGCUGGCGAAGUUAGAGGCGAGAUUGUGGCUGUUGAUGAUAAUGCUGGAAUGGAGAGUGAAGGUGGCGAGAUUAGAGGAGAUGUUAUUGCUUAUGAUGAUGAGUUUAUAGGCGAUGUUCUUGCUAGUGAUGAUGAGAUUAGAGGCAAGAUUGCGGCUGUUGAUGAUGCUGUUGGAAUGGAGAGUGAAGGUGGUGAGAUUAGAGGCGAUGUUAUUCCUAAUGAUGAUGAGGUUAGAGGCGAGAUUGUUGCUAAUGAUGAUGAGAUUAGAGGCGAGAUUGCUGCUAAUGAUGAUGAGAUUAGAGGUGAGAUUGUCACUAAUGAUGAUGAGAUUAGAGGUGAGAUUGUCGCUAAUGAUGAUCUUAAUGCAACUGUUAACGAAGGUUCUAAUAGGGAGAAUGAGUGUUCCAGUGGUGGUAUUAAAAUCCAUGAGGAGUAUGAAUUGGAAGAAGGUGAAAUACUAGAAUCUGAUAAUGAUAUUGGUGAUGAUAGAAAGUAUGGGUUUGAUGAUGAAGAAUCAUCUGAUAAUGAUAUUGGUGAUGAUAGAAAAGACGGGUUAGCGAAUGAGCUUGAGAUUCUUCCUAGGGUCCCUACUGUGAAUGUGAAAUUGGGACCACAUCAUACAAUGCUACCUCUGGGAGUUGUUACAUCUAUUGUCGGUGCUAGAGUCGUUGUGGAAGGGUCGGAGAAUCAUGACCCUCUUGAUCAAGGUUCCGUUCUCUGGAUGACUGGAAAGCAAACACCCCUAGGUGUCAUUGAUGAUACCUUCGCACAAGUUAAAAGUCCACAUUAUGUAGUGAGAUACAAUUCGGAAGAUGAAAUCCCUGAAGGAGUCCAUGAGGGAACUUUGAUUUCGUUUGUUGCUGAGUUUGCUAAGCAUGUGCUUGAUUCCAAGGAACUUUACAAGAAAGGAUCUGAUGCAUCCGGUAUGAACGAUGAGGAAGUGUCCAAUGAAACGGAAUUUUCGGAUGAUAAUGAAACGGAAUUUUCGGAUGAUGUGCAAGAGGCCGAGCACAUGAGAAUACAACGACAGGCAAAAAGAGGCCAAAGCAGUCAAAAUUCUGAUUGGUUGAAUAACGACAGGCAGCAGGUUCCACUAAAUGAUGGUUCCAUCCCUAAGAGGCUAAUGGUUGCUCAUGGUUACAGUCCACCUAUUCCGAGCAGUAGACAAGGCUUUUUUGGUGUUGGCCAUGCUCAUUCUUCCCCUCUUCCUGGCACUGGACAAGGCUUUUCUGGUGUUAGCCGUGGUCAUUCUUCCCCUCUUCUGCCACAACAGGCAAUGCCACCACAUUCUCCAAUGUCUCCUAAUUUGCCUAGUGGAGUCCCCACAAAUAGUGUUGCAUGGUCCCAAGAAAAUACUCAAAUUUCUCAUCAGCAGCCGAUGCAAGGAAUCCCAUCUCAACAGCAGUUCAAUCCCAGCCACAGGUUUCCUCCACCGACUGUAUAUCCUGGAGGACAGCCCAAUAUGUAUGCAAAACCCAUGCAUGCACAGGGGCUCAUGAAUCAAAACCAAUGGACACACUUUCCCCAGUUUCAAGCACCUACAUAUUUUCAACCAGUUAAUAAUUCAGGCAUUCUAGGUGCCCCUCCACAUCAAUUCAACCCACCUACAUAUUUUCAAACACUGCCAGUUGCAGGCAAUCUAGGUGGCCCUUUGCAUCCAUUCAAUCCAGUUGCAUAUUUUCCUUCACCACCAAUUGCAGGUAAUCAAGGUGGUCCUCCGCAUCAAUUCUGUCCGCCUGCAAAUAUUCAAUCACCACCAAUUUCAAGCUAUCAAAGCAGCCUUUCGCAUCAGUUCAAUCCACCAACAAAUUUUCAAUCACCACCAAUUUCAGCCAAUCAGCAUCCUCCACAAUUUCAUUACCAAUUCAAUCCCGGAGCUUCCGAUGGUCGUGAGAGAACAUUUGCUGCUCGCAGGAGACCAUCCCAUAGAGGGGGUAAAGGUUGGCGACCAGCCAGAUAA